UCAAUAAGCUCAAAAGGAGUAGAUAAUUCCCAAUCUGUCAUAAGAAUAGACAACAAUACAGCAAGCAAUGAUGAUAAAUUGUCCGCAAAGGGUUUCUGCAUGAGUAUUUUAGUUAUAGUUCGAACCAAGUCACUGUAUUAAAUAUGCAUGGAAACAUGGAUGUCAGACUACAGACAUGAGUCUAUUGCCCUCUAUCAUACGCGCAUAAGAUGCAGUGGGUUCUAUCAAUAGCGAUCAUUAGAAUCAGCUCUAACAAACUGAAUGAAAACUUACUACCACUCGCUGUUCGUAUACCCUCAUUAAAGUGUCAUUCGAUUCGAUGUUCCACUCGACCCUGUGGCAAAAGGAUACACGCUCAUUCUUAAAAUGAAAGGUGUAUAAAUACAUAUCGCGUCAUAACUUUCUCGUAAUAUGGGGAUAGAUCCUUAUUUGUGUGGCUUAUCCGUGAGGAGCAGAAGAAUACGACGCAAACUCGAUACAUCAAUUCCAUGAUAAAAGCCGACCACGUUAUGAUGUCGCCGGAAUUUGGUACCCUGUGCUGAGUGAAGACAGCAAACGCAUGAGGUUUUUUUCCGUCUCGAGUUAGUUUGUAUAGAAAUAAUCAUGGCAGGUAGCGCCCUGAGAAGGGGUAGAGGCCUGGGGUUGCGCAUUCCCCCAUAGCUCCCCCAUCAGUGCUUUAUUCUGAUCCGUGUGAUUACGCAGAUCUGUGACAGUCAUGGUCACUAUGCAUAGAGGAGAUCUCAGCUACGUGCAUUAGCACGGCAUGCCCAACAUCAAAAACGGACUUGCUUGAGGAAGAACAACACAGGGAAUAUAAGCUUCCUUCUUUUUGAGCAUCUUUCUCCUCUCAAGCAAUGUACCAGUAGUCCCCUGGAUAUUUUACCGUUUCGGUUCAUCCCCCACCCUCAUCCCUAAAAUGGAAAGCAAAAUAUUCCUAAAUCAUAAUUAAAGCAAAAAGAAGUAUGACUCCAUUCUUGACGUGUAGCGUGUGUUGCGCUUGGGAUACUUUUCAUCCAAAAAAAUCAAUUUGUUGUGUGUAUUUCGCGCUUCAGUUUUUGUUAGCUGUGGUCACUUAAAGACAAGGUGACUGACGACGCGACAUAGUCAUUUGACACUAAGCCAAAAAUUUUGCGUGUCCCGAUAUAUACUUUUCAUCUAAUCAAAAAUAUUAAAUAAAUUAUAUUUUGCAAAAGCUACAUAUAUAAUAAAUUUCACCACAUACAUAAAGCCCUGGAGCCAGCGUCCGAAACACAAGCCCUGAUGUCGGAGCAAGCAGAGUCUUCCCCAGGACAAUGGUGGACAGAGACGCAUGAACUCCGCGCGCAAAAAGCAUCAAACUUCACCCUGAUUAUCAACAAGCCCUCCUAUCCACAACUCUACACAACUUUUCCGUACCUAGAUCACCAUAUGCGGCCUCAUAGUGGCUUGGUUCGCGUCACCUCGUCGAGAGAGAGACUCAUGGAAAGUACUCUAGAAGGCCAGAAAAGUAGCCACCCACGUCAACGUUGUGAGAGGAAAGAAGAAUCCUUGCAGGACCAGUGGAGCUUUCAAAAACCUUCACGACGACCGGGUACCGCCCCCACGCUUGUGGCCCCCGCCCGUUCUAGGUGCGCUAUACGCCAUCAAUGGAGAUUUUGUUCGGUGGGCAAUCCCCUCCUUGUGGGAUCGAGUCAUCCGCGCGUGUCGGGGUACACCCGGACAGUGGACGCCACCCAGAAGCUCAGUCUAAUGUCGCGAGUCGCGGCAGCGAGCAUGCCUGCGCACUCGAACGACGGGGCCGCGGCCUCAGUGGCAGAAACGCCUUCGGGCUGUAGGAGUUACGACGCGGGGGGGGCGAUUUCGUCGGAGCGCCGGACCCUCCCCCCGUGCCACGGCCCCAUCCGCUUGACGGAGCUCGCGCUACAUAUGCCGUGUGAAUCCUCAGGGGAAGCACCGCGACCGCCCUCCGGGAAGGGCCCUGCAGGGGCUCCCCACCCCGUGCGACAUCGCGCAACCCCUCGCCUUAACAACGGCCUGAGCCCUGAUCAAAGCGCUGAGGUGGUCUACCAACACAUCAAAAGCUUAUGCUCCGGCAGGGAACGACUUCGGGAUGCCAUGGUUUUCCUUGAGGCCACGCUCGCAUGUGCAGCGGCCGCCCACGGGGUUAAUCUGGAUCGAUAA